AUGCUAAACAAAAAAUAUCAACAACAUUUAAAUCGAAAAAAUCCUUGUCGACCUAAGAAUUUUACUCAAGCUCCAAUAGGAAAUCCAGCUACAGCCCUUGUUCUAGUGCAAAAUAUUACUCCAACACAAAAUCCAGUACCAGCUCCAGAGGACGAUCACAUUUCAAAAAGAAAAUGGUAUGGUGUUAAAGAAGAUUUUUGUGCAUUAUCUAAUAAGUACUAUUUUAUUAAAACAGAUUUAAAAGAAACAGUUAUAGAAGCAUAUAAAAGAUUUAUCAAAGAAUCGGAAACUAUAGUAGAAAAGACAAAAGGACAAGUUGAUAUGCGAAAAUCAGGAUGUUAUACAUUAACAAGUUUAAAACUUUUUAGAGAAAUUACUUUAGCACCCAAAAGAAGUGAAAAAGUAGAUGAAAAAGAAAAUGCUUGGUUAAAUUUAGCAACAACAGGUGCUUUAGUAUUUGCUGAAAGAUAUAAAGGAGAAGCUAUUCAUGAUAUGUUUAGAAAAUGGGAUAAUAUACUAUACAAUAUUAAGAAAAAAGGUGGAAUAGUAGAAAAAGUAAGUAAAGCAUUAUUAGUUUCAUUAUGGGGAGCAUUAUGUGAACAAAGAAAUGGACAAAAUUAUAGAACUCAUUCAAGAAUCAAACUGUUUCUAUUGGCAUCAGUCAGAAAAAGAAUAUCAGAAAUUAUGAGACCAUUAGUAGCAGGGCAAGUAAAUCUCAAAACAGAUAUAGAAAUGGGUGAGUUAAAACUUGAGAAGAGAGAAGUUUGUACGAUAAAAAAUUGUAUAUCAAUUACUUGGAAGUCAUUAUAUCUUGAAAUUCUAAAUUUGAUUACAAAUAGUUUACCAGAUUUUAGAAAAAAACAACAAGAUAAAGAAAAAAAUACUGAGAUAACUAUAACAAGGAAAUCACUAAAAAG